CCGACUCCAAUGGUAAUCACGCCUGUACUACCGCCCAAACCGCCGACCCUGCCAGUAUCCGAUCGACCGCCUCCGAGGACAGAUCGAAACAUUGACAAGGUUGUCUUGGGCAAUCUAUGUUUCCGCACCUGGUAUCCGAGCUACUACGGCAAAGAGGUGCUGGGAGCUACAUCAAGCCACGCAAAGGGGGGCAGCAAAGACGGACUUCUCGAUGCCGCAGGUAGGGGGCCGUCCAAGAAGGACAAGGAUGGCCUGCCGAUGCUGGAGAGGCUAUAUGUCUGCCCCAGCUGCUUCAAGUAUGCCAAAGAGCUUGUGGCUUGGUGGGGUCAUGUCAAGCUGUGCCAGCAGCGGGCUCAUAUUCCAGGGAACAAGAUCUAUGUUCAUCCCAAGGGCAGGCGGACCGUCUACGUUCCGCAGGAUGGCAGUCGCGGUCCGGGCCAGAAGAAGCGUCGGGGCGAAGGGAAUAUACGAUACGUCGAGGAAGUCGUACAGGACGAAGGCGAAUGGAGCCUGUGGGAAGUGGACGGAGAGAAGGACGUGCUCUUCUGCCAGAACCUGUCGCUCUUUGCGAAGCUCUUUCUGGACAACAAGUCAGUCUUUUUUGACGUGACGGGAUUCAACUAUUUCUUGCUGGUUUACACGCCGCCGCCAGCCGUGGCGACAUCAGCAGGCGUUGCUCCUCCUCCCGUGACGCCGCAGAUCACAGGCUUCUUCUCCAAGGAGAAGAUGUCGUGGGAUAACAACAACUUGGCGUGCAUCCUGAUAUUUCCCCCGUGGCAGCGCAAGGGGCUCGGCGCCCUUUUGAUGGGCGCGUCCUACGAAAUCUCCCGACGAGAGGGCAUCAUGGGGGGCCCAGAGAAGCCGAUAUCUGAUCUGGGUAAGAAGGGGUAUCAGCGCUUCUGGGCCGGGGAAAUUGCCCGGUGGCUGCUCAGCCUUGACGUUGCGCCGGCGGACGCGGAGAGCGGCCAGGAGACGCUUGUGGAUGUCGAGGACUGCAGUCAGGCGACGUGGAUUUCGCCAGAGGACUGCCUGGGGGUGCUGAGAGACAUGGGCGUCGCGGAGGAUGCUGGUAUGCAGAUGCAAGCAUCCGAAGAAGACAAGAAGAAGAAACCAGCAGCGACCGGCGAGGAAGAUGCGGCGAAACAGAACAUCAAACGAGCAUCAGCCGAGGCGGAAGAAGACGAGGAGAGGCCGAAGCCGAAGCCGGCCGCCGUCAAGCAGGUCCCGCGCGUCCGGAUCGACAAGGAGGCGGUGCGGCGGUACGUGGCGGCGCAUCGGCUCGUGCUGGACAGGACGUGCGACCCGAGCGGCUUCGUG